AUAAUUGUCAUUUAUUAUAUUUUGUAAAAUUGCUUGGUUUACAAAUUAGAGGUAGGGUUCGAGACUUGCUAAGUUGCUAUGAGAAUUAAAAAAAGAUAACGGGUCCAAUCUAAUUGGGCUGUAUAGUCCCUAAAAUUACCCAAGUACCAACCCAAACUUUAGGCCCAUUCAUCUUUCCUCGACUCCUCCGCAACACCCAAUUACCAUUCCCCAAACCCACCUUCUCCUUCCUCCCACCACCACCAUGAUAACCACCUUCAUCCGCCGCGCCCUCGCCACACCCCUCCGUCAAAUUCUCGCUCUUCCCCUCCACUACCGCCUUCUCUCCACCGCCCCUCCUCCCUCACAACCCCAUUUCUUCAAAUCCCAAACCCCCUCCGAAAAACAAUUCCAAACAUGGGUUGACCACCUUAAACCCGGGUUCACCCCGUCCGACGUCAACAAUGCCCUCAACUCCCAAACCGAUGCCGAUUUAGCUUACGAUAUUUUCCGGUGGACCGCCACACAACGCGGCUACACCCACGAUUCCUCCACCUACCUCACCAUGAUCCAACUCGCCGUCGCCGGCCGCCGUCAUCGCCACGCUGAAGCCCUCCUGGAAGAGGUUCUUGCCGGCGCUUGCCCUGUAACUCUCUCUCUUUACAACUCCUUGAUUCGAUUCUGUUGCUCCCAUCGUUGUUUGUUUAAUCGCGUUUUCGAUGUGUAUAAGAAGAUGAUGAAGGAACAAACCCUAGAUUGUAAACCUAAUUUAGAAACAUAUGCUAUGCUUUUCAAUGCUUUGCUUAAGAAGUUCAAUCGAUUGAAUGUUAGUUAUGUUUAUUUGAAUGCUGUGAGGUCUUUGACUAAGCAGAUGAAGGCUCUUGGGGUGGUGCCUGAUACUUAUGUGUUGAAUAUGAUUAUCAAGGCAUAUGCGAAGUGUUUGCAGGUGGACGAGGCUGUGCGGGUGUUUAGGGAGAUGGGGUUGUAUGGAUGUGAGCCGAAUGCGUAUAGUUAUGGUUAUUUGUUCAAGGGGUGUUGUGAGAAGGGGAGGGUGUGGCAGGGGUUUGGGUUUUUUAAGGAGAUGAGGGAAAAAGGCUUGGUGCCCUCGAGUGGUGCAUAUAUGGUUUUGGUCUGUAGUUUGGCGUUGGAGAGAAAGUUUGAGGACGCGGUUGAGGUUUUGCGUGAUAUGUUGGGGAAUGCGUUGAAACCAGAUUUGUUAACGUACAAGACCUUGUUGGAGGAGAUGUGUAGGGAUGGACAGGGUGUUGAUGCAUUAGAGCUUCUUGAGGAGUUUAGGAAGACGGAUGUUUCGAUGGGGGAGAAGACUUAUAGAACGUUGUUGGAUACAUUGCAUUUUGUGGAUCGGUAGGUAAGGGAUGAUGUUGUUGGUACUUGGUUUUGUGUUCCGAAUGGAAUCGUGCUCAUCAAUUUUGUUAUGGUGGUGAUGAGUUUGGAGUUGAGUAGAGAGUUGAUAUACAGGACAAGGGGAACAAUGUAUAUGAUUGACCAAAUGCCAAGAUUGGAGUUGAGUAGAGAGGUGGUAUGCCUAGACGCAUCAACAACAGCAUGUUUCAUGCUUCCUGCAUUAUUUUAGUUGAGAAGUUGGACUCAUACAGGAAGCUUCUGGAGCUUUCUUCAACUCGUACUACCACAGAUUUCAAGAAACAAGUAAUUCAAUUACUGUGAAUAUCUGAAGUUGGAAUACUGUCAAACUUGGUUCACGAUAUUUAACCUGCAGCUGUGAAAGUAACUCAAUUCCUAUCUGAAGAGCUGCAUAAACAGGGACUGUAAGAUAAUUGAAGAUUAAAGCUGUCUCAUUGUCCUCGCUCAGCAUUGAAGAAGGCAGGUUUGAUGAUAUCUUCAUCCCCGGCAUGGCUGUAGACAAAAGUCCAACUCCACCUAGAGGUGUAGUAGGAGCGCUAGAGUGAUAAUGUCUGCUAUUAUCAUCAUCCAUAACACUACUAUAUUCACUCAUCAUCGUAGUCUCACCAGCUUGCCAUCUCUGAAGAGCCUGAGGAAGACUCACGUCGGUAUUUAUCCCAACACAAUCAUUGUCAGUAUCCAGCUCAGCAGGUCUCCAUUGCUCCACCAGAGGGGACAGGAUGUUAACCGCGUGACUCAUAUCAGGACGCUGUUGUGGCUCCCUAGCUGUGCAGUGCCCUGAGAGCUCAGCCACUUUGCAAAUGCUUUCGAAAGUUUCCUCUAUGUCUGUCUCGAGGUUAGGGUCUAUGGCCUUUCUUAUGCUUUCUUUGGUGAUGAGAACUCUUCUGAACCACGAUGCUAAUUGUGCUUGGUCUUCUGGUAGCUUUUCGUCUAAGGCUUUUCUUCCGGUUAUUAUCUCCAUUAGUACUACACCAAAUGCAAACACGUCGACUUUUGUUGUUACUCUUCCGGUGGCUGCGUUGAGAAAUUGAAUGAUUUAGCAAAAGGAAGCAUAUCAAAAUAUAGUUAUUCAUUGAUUAAAUAACAAUAAGAAGCCAACAAAAUUGGGUUACAGGAUAGUGAUGAGAAUCAUGCACAACCCUCACUUGUCAUUAAUAACAGAAGACACUAAUGAGGUAUUGACCUAGUGGUUAAAACUGAGGGUGUGUGUAGUACUUCCUAUGUCCCUAAUUGUUUGCCCCAUGCUUUAGAUAUGUUUUAUUAAGAGUUGGGUUUGUGGAAUUGAGAAAAGACAAAAAUGUUUGAACCAAAUGUAAUUUAUGUGAGAGUAAAAGUUGUAGUCCCGUGAGAAUUUUUAGUAAUGGAGUAAUAUUUUGGGGAAGAACCAAAAUGAAAAAUGGGGUAAACAAAAAGGGACAAAGGGAGUAAAUAACAGAAGACGGUGUAUGGAUGAAUGCAUAAUAAAAACUUCCGUCUUAAGGAACAAGUCAGACAUUAGUUCAAAGACAGGAUUUUUUUUAUUUUUUUAUUUUUAUUUUCAGGAAAGCCAAUUAUGUGACACAAAUUAAGUAUUCAAAUUCAACAUCUGCACAAGACCCUAACAGAACUAGAUCAUCUAAAACUAACAAACAAAGAAGGGGAAAUUUAAUUAGGAGUUUUAAUUAACUUACCUGCAUAUUCUGGUGCAAGGUACCCAAAGGUUCCUGCUAAACGAGUCUCCAACGAGUAUUUUCCUUGAUCAGAAGCAUUUUUCACCAAUCCAAAGUCUGAAACCUUAGCUCUCAUAUUAUCCCCAAGAAGUACAUUUGACGGUUUCAAGUCCCUAUGUAUAAAACUCUGUUGAGCCAAACUAUGAAGGUAUUCAACACCUCUAGCAACAUCCAAAGCGAUCACAAGCCUCUGUUUCCACGUCAGAGGGGAUCGUCCUUCUUGAUCAUACUCAAAAAGAUGCUGCCCCAACGUUCCUUGAGGCAUAUACUCGUAAACAACAAUCCUCUCAUUCUCAUUGAUGCAAUAUCCUAAAAGUGCCACCAAAUGUCUAUGUCUCACCUUAGUUAGAACAGUAAUUUCUGCCUCAAACUCACUCUUCCCUUUAGAACCUUGUAGGUUAGAUUCCAUCCUUUUAACCGCGAUUUCAGUCCCAUCUUGAAGAACUCCCUUGUAAACAAUCCCAAACCCUCCUCGUCCUAAAACGUUCCUUUCACUGAAAUUAUCUGUUACCUCACGUAGGACUUCAAUUGGGAAGCUGUUACCUUGGUCAUACAAAGGAUUAUUAUGCCCAUUGUUACGCAUAUUACUUUGCUCUUUUGGACUUCCUUGAGGAUAUUUACCAAUGGGGCUCAUCUUUAAAUCUUCAAACUUAUUCUUCUUCUUCUUCUUCCCUUUGAUAUUUCGUGAGGCGAACAGCUUCUUUAAGCCAGGGUACAAGAAGUAUCCUGCAGCUACUAACAGAACUAUGACAACAAUGACAACCCCUAUGACAACAGAGCGAGAAAAAUGUAGUUUGGACAAUGAAGUUGUAGGAUUAUCACUAUCGUUUGUUUCUGUAGGAGAGUUGUUCAUAUCAGGAGGUGACUUUAAGGAUUUAGUAGUAUCGACAUUUGUCCCUAAGAAAGGGUUUCCUGUAGAUAUCACCUCCACGGUUCGAGCAAAGGUAGGAAUCUUCCCUGUCAAGUUGUUGUUAGAAACAUCAAACUUCUGUAGCAUCUUAAGGCUGGCUAAAACACCCGGUAUACUUCCUACAAGAUUAUUAUCAUUCAAAAGGAUUGAAGUAAGUGAUGUUAGAUUAGCAAAAGACGGCGAAAUGGUUCCUGACCAAUUCUGUUUAGCAAAAUUCACCAUAACCACAUUCCCAUUAGAAUCACAACUCACAUGAGCCCAAUUCUUACAAGCAUCGUUUCCUUUCCACGACACGACUAACUCGCUAGGGUAACCCAAUGAACCUACAAUAUCAAGUAAGGAGGUGACUUGAGGGUCACAAGGACCUGGUGUGUCCUUACAAAAGCUGUUAGUAAACCCUAGGGUGACUUGUACACCUCCCUUGAAAACCGGCAUUGGUCCUUGAAGUUGAUUGUUUUGCAUUGAAAUGUUUACUAGGUUUGGUAGAUUGCUUAAAGAAGGUGGUACCACCCCGGUUAAAUGGUUAUCCCUAAGCUGUAGAUCGAACAAUGAGGUGCAUUUAGAGAGGUCUGGGAUUGGACCGAUGAAUGAAUUUUGUUGCACCCAUAACUGUGACAAACUAGGCAUCUUCCCAAACACGUCAAGGACUCCGGAGAGUCCUUGCUUUUGGUUGUUGAUCCAAACAUUCUGAAUGCCUGAACCCGCCAAGGAAGCAGGCAAGAACCCAGUAAGGUUAUUGUAGGAGAGUCUUAGAUCUUUUAAACCAGGAAAUGACGCGAAAAUGUCAGGGAUUGAUCCAACCAGGUUUGUAUUAGAAGCGCGAAACUCUUGGAGAGAGGAUGAAUCUGAUAGCCCUACAGGUAAUGUCCAGGUAGGUAAAGGGAUAUCGUUCAUGCUGAAGGUUUGGAGGUUUGGUAGGCCAACAAGGAAGGUGGAAGGAAGUUUGGUGAAGGAG